GAAGGCCUCUGGGGCCAAACCAUGGUGAACUUGUACAGUUAAGUCCCAGUUUGGGAGGGAAUUUGUGUUAUUCUAAGUCCAACUGGUACCCACUGCAAGUUCUAAAGGCAGAAGUAGGAAAUGGAAUGCAACUGUCAUUUUAACAUGCAAUAGUGUACUUCGAUUUUACUUCUUUGAAGCUAACUUCUAGUUCUAGCGUUGAUCACAAACCUCCCCGCGUUCCUGUUUGCCCGGGCUGUUGGCGCUGCCUCCAAGAGGCUUGUGUGCCCGCCCCGCUGCUGACCCGCAGCCCGUGACAGUUGGCAGGCGCUCGGGGCGCAGUGGAGCUAAGUCUCCGUAGAGGCCGGGGCUGCGGGCGGGGAAAGGCGGCUGCGACGCCCGCGAGAGGCGAGAGGAAGGAGGAAGCGGCAGGGCAGCCUCUCCGGACCUUGUCUCGGAGGCUUGCAGGGCCUGCUGGCUGUAGCGCUGGAGCCAAGGACAGGGGCGCGAGGGCGGCGGAGCGCGCCCCUCGGCCUGGAGCCGCCCGGCCUCUGCGGAGCCCCGCCGCCGCACCCCCAGGAAACCGCAGACAGACUUCAGCUCCCCAGGAAUAUGAUUGAAAACAGUAUGUUUGAGGAAGAACCAGAUGUGGUGGAUUUAGCCAAAGAACCUUGUUUACAUCCCUUAGAGCCUGAUGAAGUGGAAUAUGAGCCUCGGGGUUCUCGACUGCUGGUGCGUGGCCUUGGUGAACAUGAGAUGGAUGAGGACGAAGAGGAUUAUGAGUCAUCUGCGAAGCUGCUGGGCAUGUCCUUUAUGAACAGAAGCUCUGGCCUUCGGAACAGUGCGGCUGGCUACAGACAGAGUGCGGAAGGGGCUUGUUCGGUACCCUCUGCAAAGACCUUGGGAGUCUGUGCUUUUGUCAUUGUGGUUGCUAUUUCCAUCAUCAUGGUGAUUUACCUACUCCCAAGAUGUAUCUUUACCAAAGAAGGCUGCCAUAAAAAAAACCAAUCAAUGACACUAAUUCAGCCACUUGCAACAAAUGGGAAGUUAUUUCCAUGGGCACAAGUGAGGCUUCCCACUGCCAUUAUGCCACAACGCUAUGAACUUGACUUACAUCCAAACUUAACUUCAAUGACAUUCAGGGGUUCUGUGGCAAUUUCAGUUCAGGCUGUUCAGGCCACAUGGAAUAUCAUUCUUCAUAGCACAGGUCAUAAUAUUUCAAGAGUAACCUUCAUGUCAGCAGUUUCAAGCCAAGAAAAACAAGUUGAAAUCCUGGAAUAUCCCUAUCAUGAACAAAUCGCCAUUGUUGCCCCAGAAGCCCUCCUAGCAGGGCACAAUUACACCUUGAAGAUAGAGUAUUCAGCAAAUAUAUCUGCUUCUUACUAUGGGUUUUAUGGAGUCACUUACAAAGAUGAAAGUAAUGAGAAAAAGUACUUUGCAGCAACUCAGUUUGAACCUCUGGCAGCAAGAUCUGCUUUUCCUUGUUUUGAUGAACCAGCAUUUAAAGCCACAUUUAUCGUCAGGAUCAUAAGAGAAGAGCAAUACACUGCUUUAUCAAAUAUGCCUAAGAAGUCGUCAGUUCCUAUGGAAGAUGGACUUUUUCAGGACGAGUUUUGCGAGAGUGUAAAGAUGAGCACUUACCUGGUUGCUUUCAUUGUAGGCGAGAUGAAGAACCUGAGUCAGGAUGUAAAUGGAACCCUGGUUUCCAUAUAUGCUGUACCGGAAAAGAUUGAUCAAGUUCACCAUGCCUUAGAAACAACAGUGAAGCUUCUUGAGUUUUAUCAAAAUUACUUUGAAAUUCAGUAUCCACUUAAAAAAUUGGAUUUGGUGGCCAUUCCUGACUUUGAAGCUGGAGCAAUGGAAAAUUGGGGCUUAAUCACCUUCCGUGAAGAGACGCUUCUAUAUGACAAUAACACUUCUUCAGUGGCGGAUAGAAAGCUGGUUACUAAAAUCAUUGCUCAUGAGCUGGCCCACCAGUGGUUUGGUAACCUGGUAACAAUGCAAUGGUGGAAUGAUCUAUGGCUAAAUGAAGGUUUUGCAACAUUCAUGGAAUAUUUCUCUUUGGAAAAAAUAUUCAAAGAGCUCUCUAGUUAUGAAGAUUUUUUAGACUCUCGAUUUAAAACCAUGAAGAAAGAUGCUUUAAACUCAUCUCAUCCAAUAUUAUCAUCUGUUCAGUCUUCAGAACAAAUUGAAGAAAUGUUUGAUUCUCUUUCCUAUUUUAAGGGAGCUUCUCUCCUAUUGAUGCUGAAAACGUUCCUUAGUGAAGAUGUUUUUCAGCACGCCAUUAUUCUUUACCUGCAUAAUCACAGCUAUGGAUCCAUUCAGAGUGAUGAUCUGUGGGAUAGUUUCAAUGAGGUUACAAACAAAACAUUAGAUGUAAAGCAAAUGAUGAAAACCUGGACCCUACAGAAAGGAUUUCCUUUAGUGACUGUUCACAGGAAAGGAAUGGAACUUUCUAUAAAACAAGAGAGAUUUUUCUUAAAUAUGAAACCUGAAAUGCAGCCUUCAGAUGCAAGCUACCUGUGGCAUAUUCCAAUAUCAUAUGUCACUGAUGGAAAAAAUUAUUCAAAAUAUCGAGCAGUAUCCUUACUGGACAAGAAAUCAGGUAUCAUCAAUCUUACAGAACAAGUGCAGUGGGUCAAAGUCAACGCAAACAUGACUGGCUACUACAUUGUGCACUAUGGAGAUGAUGACUGGGCUGCACUUAUCAAACAGCUGAAGAGAAACCCUUAUGUUCUGAGUGACAAAGACCGAGCCAGCCUCAUUAACAACAUCUUUGAGCUUGCAGGCCUAGGCAAGGUGCCUCUUCAGAGGGCCUUUGAUUUGAUUGAUUAUCUUAGAAAUGAGAACCAUGCUGCGCCCAUCACUGAAGCCCUGUUCCAGACAGGACUCAUCUUUCACCUCCUUGAAAAACUGGGGCACAUGGAUCUGGCCUCAAAACUGGUGGCCAGGGUUCAUACCUUGCUUCAAAACCAGAUCCAACAACAAACUUGGACUGAUGAGGGCACCCCAUCCACUCGAGAGCUUCGCACAGUCUUGCUGGAAUUUGCUUGCACCCACAACCUGGGCAACUGCAGCACUACUGCCAUGAAGCUGUUUGAAGAAUGGAUGGCAUCAAAUGGAACUCAGAGCCUCCCUACUGAUGUUAUGACAGCUGUGUUCAAAGUUGGAGCAAAAACUGACACAGGCUGGUCAUUCCUCUUAAGCAAGUAUGUUUCUAUAGACUCUGAAGCCGAGAAAAACAAAAUACUUGAAGCUCUUGGCAGUUCAGCAGAUACACGGAGACUUUACUGGUUAAUGAAAAAGAGCCUAGAAGGCGAUAUAUUCCGAACGCAGAAGUUGUCGUCUGUCAUUCGGACAGUGGGGCGAAGUUACCCUGGACACCUGUUGGCGUGGGAUUUUGUCAAAGAAAACUGGGAUAAGCUGGUACAAAAGUUCCAUCUGGGGUCCUAUACCAUACAGAAUAUUGUUGCUGGAUCAACUCACCUGUUUUCAACGAAGGCACAUUUUUCUGAGGUCCAGGCAUUUUUUGAAAGUCAGUCGGAGGCAACCUUUCGACUUCGGUGUGUCCAGGAGGCUUUGGAAGUCAUCCAGUUGAAUAUCCAAUGGAUGGAGCAGAACCUGAAAACCCUGGCCCAGUGGCUGUAGCGUGCAAAUUGCACUUCAUCUUGUCACCCAUUCAGAGAGCUUGUGAACUUGGGCUCUGCUACUUUUGCAAAAACUGAGGUGAAUCUAGGAUGGCUGCCAAGUUGUUUGCACUCAUAGAAGUUCUAGUUAGCUCAGGGCCCGACUGUGUUUUUCAUCUGUCUUUACUGAAAUGUCUUUAAGCAGUGUGUAUUUAUUACAUUAUAUUCACCUAUAUGCCAGUCAUCUACAAAAUCAGUGAAUAUUUUUUCUAGGAAAUACUAAUGGGGACACUGGUUUGGGAACUUUUCUAUUUCUCAGGACCUGGAAAAAUUACCCAUACAGUGAAACAAGUAAAGGUCUACCACAACAGCUGCCAUCUUUGUAAGCUGCUGGUUUAUUAGCUGCCUUUGCUUAUUGGUAGAUACUAUUGGAAUGUGGUACAAAUUUAGCCUGAAUAAGUACCAGAAAGAAGAUGUUGAAAGUUCCAACUGUAGAAAACUGAUCUCAGGUGUGCAGAUCUACUUGCAUUUGGGAUUUUGAGCAAUCCUUUUUCUUCUGAGAAAAGUUUAAAUAAUACCUAUUUCAAUUAUUUUUCUUUCCUGCAGAAUAGACAGGUGCUACAGAAUUUUUAAAUUUUUUUGUUGUAUUGAAUAGCUAAAUAAGCAGGUCAAAAAUGUUAAAUUGUGCAAAUAUUUAACACUUAAUACUUUAUAUUGUAUAGUUUUACCACAGGAGAAUAUUCCAAACUGAGUUCAUUGUAAUUAUUUUUUUCCUCAAAAAUGCCAGUAUCCCCCAGGUCUGAACACAGUCAGCACUCCUGCUCUAGGUGACUUUAUGUUAUAUGUAAGUAUUUCUGUAUUUGUGGUAAACAUUCUGUAAGCACUGGUAAUUUUUUUUUUUUUUUGUUAUAGCCUUUUGUCUUCAUAGAUUGUAAGCACCUUUUCUCCCAAUCAUAGCCUUCUGUAGUUUUUUAUUUUAUAUGAUACAGUGACAUAUUAGAAGCAUAUUUUAAAUAAGGCCUUCGAGAGGUUAUAAAUUUUUAUUUGAAGUUCACCAUAGUACCUUAAAGGAACGCAGGAGAAUGUGGGAUAAGAGUAAGUUGAAUUUACAAACUUUAAUAUGGUAGGCUCUGAGUUCUUUCCACUAUUAAAAAUGUAGUUUUCUUUGGUUAAAAA